AUGUUAAUUAGACGAAUUCUUAUCAAGAAGUAUCCUUACCAUUCUAUCUUUACAAAGGACCUUUAUGCUGAAAUUCAAAGGCAUAGACCAUCAGCACGGUUUAAUGAGAGUGAUGCUGCACGGUUUUAUGAAGAGUUGUUAUCUAAACAAUAUGAGGAUCCUUACCCAGAACAAAUAAUAAUGUGGUAUAAAUUUGGAGAAUCUAUCGAACAUGAUAAUACUGCAAGAACAAACCGGUAUCAUAUGCCACUGUCACUUUUCGUGGUUCAGGUUAAUAAUAUGAAAUCAAAAAUAGUCGCACAAGCUCUUAUAAGCAAUGAAACAACAGACUCAUACUGGUGGGUUAUGGCACGUGGAUUUGUGACCACAUUAUUUACUCUUGGUAUUGAAUUCAUGUCAUUUGUAGAAAGUCAGAAUGCUGGAAUUAAACAAAUCAUUGAAAGUAGUAAUACAAGCCUAAGUGAACUUGGUAAAUUUAUUAUUAGUAGUAUUGAGGAAAUACAAAAACAAAAACAGUAUGAAGAGCGAAUUAGAGAAAUUCCUUCAACAAAUAAUAUAUUGACAAUUUAUUCUGAAAUUAAAAUACUUGUUGAUCAUUACUUGAACCAAAUGUUGCACGAUUUAUUUAUUGAAGAAGUAAGGAGCGUACCUGCAAAUAAUCCAUCUGAAAGUGAGAACUUCAAAGAUGAACUAGACAAUGUUUUUAUGUGUGCUCAAUUCCUUUUACAGCGAUUAGAUUUGAAAAAAUUAAUGAGAUUUGAAACGUUUCAAGAAUUACAGCUUAUUAAUAUUCGGUGGAUUCCUCUAAAGUAUUGUACUGAUAAAAUAAUGAAUCGUAAUUAUUAUGGACAAAGGUUUAUGAAUAGUGCAACAGAUUCUAAUAUAGACAAGGAAGUAGAACAUAAUCAGUAUUUUAAAUAUCUUCAACUAUUCAAUGAUCAUGAGCAAAAUAAUGUAAAUAAUAGUCUUAUAAAGGAACAAUUGUUUUAUGGAGAAGUAUAA